AUGGAUGCCUACACGCCGGUGCGUCGCGUGGGGUCUGGCACGUACGGGGAUGUCCUGCACGCAGUGGAUACGAAGGGGGAUUUCGUCGCCAUCAAGAUCAUGAACAGUCACACCCUCUGUGUCUCUGAUCCUCUCCAGCUGCCCGAAGUAGCUACGCUCCGGAGGCUUCCACCCCAUCCAAAUAUCAUUCGCCUUAUUCGAGUAGUUGUCACUAGGGACCACACACACUUGAUCUUCGAAUACGCAGGUGGAGGUACCCUCCUGAAUUUUCUUCGAUCUUCGGGACCACUCAAAGAGCACAUGCUACGAAACAUUGCAUUCCGCAUUCUCCAGGGCCUCUAUCACAUCCAUACGAACAGCGUGAUUCACCGGGAUUUGAAACUAGAGAACAUUCUAUUAACGAGCGAGACGGGAGAUGCCAACGGAGACAUUGUUGGGGUAAAGAUAGCUGACUUUGGCCUUUCAAGGGCACAGGGAUCCCGUCAAAAUACCGAUUAUGUUAGCACGCGGUGGUAUAGAGCACCUGAGCUCCUUCUGCACUAUAGCGGAUAUGGCCCUCCAAUCGACAUCUGGGCAGCAGGUUGUUGCUUUGCUGAGCUGCUUACGGGCGAUCCUCUGUUCCCCGGCGACACCGAGAUUCAGCAGCUGCAGCUCAUCUGUGCCUUCCUAAAACCCCUAAAGCCGGAUGCCUGCAAAGGCGCCAUGCAUGCCUUGCCUCGCUUCAUAACCGAAAACAUGACAGUGUCAGAUGCCGACAUUUAUACGCUAGCUGAAGCUAGAGAAGCUCUUCGCAGAGAGCUCGGCUGCAGUCAUGUGUUGGCAGAUCUCCUCGCACACAUGCUUGCGUGGAAUCCUGAGGACCGUAUUACUGCUCAGCGCGCCCUUAUGCACCAGUUCUUCGCAAUAUAG